CAUGGGUACUUUUGGUUUGAAUUGUAGUGGACUUUGUCCCUCGAAAUACUUUGGAAUGUUAUGUCGACUGAGAUGUUCUUGUGAGGAAGACGUUUGUGACAGAGAAGUUGGUUGUCCACCACAAACAGAUUGGUCUAUUCCAUCUUCCCCUACUUCAACACCAGUCACGGAAAUCUUGCCGAAUGAUAUGAUAUCGUCCCCAUAUUGGAAAAACACACUCUUCACAGUUAUAGGAUCUGUUGGAACACUUUGUGUUAUUGUGAUGCUGUACUUUGUCAAAACAUGGUACAUCAGAAUAAAAACCCGAGAUGUUGGCAGCUGCAUAAGUAUAUCAGAAAAUACACUGGCGAAUAACAUGACCUUGCGAUACACAAAUAACGAAAGCAUUGAAGAUAUUAACCAUAACAAUAGUUAUACGGGGUUAUUGGUAGCAAACGGUGCAAUGCACGAAGAGAAGUUAAGAAAUAUAACACCUGGUAAUGGCAUCAGAACAAAUAUGAACGAUGAACCUUACAAAGAACAUAGAGAAGAGAUCACUGAAAAUAAAACUGAAAAUCUAGAUAACGAGUACCAAGAUGCUUGGUCCGAUGAUAACUUCAUUAAGUUUAACACUUUAGGCGAUAGUUCAAAGGACUCAAAUUUCACAUCGUCACGAAUGAACAAUGGUGUGGAUAUGAAGCUUAGGCACUACAGUUCCGUAAAAUACAAUAGAAAAAACAACAUCAGAGAGACUAAAGGUGAAAUGAAUUCGGCCUGCAACAACAUUGGUGAUACCUCUAGAGAAGGAGAUGAGGACCAAGGAAAUGAAGAGGAUACAAGAACCGAUUUUGUUGUAGAUUUCGGGGGUUCCACAUCGUUUGUUAACGAAGAAAACUUCACAGAAAAGGUAAAAUACAACAAAGAAAAUAAGCUUGAUGAUACAAAAAAUGAAAACCAAGAUGCAUGGUCUGCUAAAACGUUUCUAGAUAAGAUAUCAAGGAAGAGGAAAGUUCGAAUAACACAAAGGGAACAGGGUGUGGACAUAACACCAAAAUCGCACAGUUUCAUAAAAUAUAACAGACCUCAGAAGACAUUAGCUGAACACGAUUCGACAUACGACUAUAUUGAUGAUGUAUCUGUGAAAAGGGGAAACGAGUAUGAAACUUAUGAGGAAGACACGGACAAUGAUACAUUGCUAGUUUCGAAAGGUACCACUCUAAAUACUAACGAUGAACCUUACAAGAAGCAAAACAAGGAAGAGAUCACUGAAAAUAAAGCUGAAAAUAUAGAUCAUAAAUAUCAAGAUGCUUGGUCCCAUGGAAACUUUUUCGAGUUUAAAACCUUAGGCAAUAUCCCAAAUGACUCAAAUUUGACAUCGUCACGAAUGAACAAUGGUGUGGAUAUGAAGCUUAGGCCCUACAGUUCCGUAAAAUACAAUAGAAAAAACAACGUCAGAGAGACUAAAGGUGAUAUGAAUUCGGCCUUCAACAACAUUGGUGAUAUUUCUAAGGUAGGAGAUGAGGACCAAAGAAAUGAAGACAAUACAAAAACCGAUUUCGUGAUAGAUUUUGGGGGCAAGUAA